AUGGAGCUGAGCAGCUUGAGCAUGCUGUUCGGUGUUCCUCCGAGCACAUUGGCGCGGUCUCUGCGGCGGGCUGAAGAAGCACUGUCCAAGACACUGAACAACUACGCCCCCGCGCACAUCGCAGUGCCGUCACCCAGCCGCCAGAAUGAGCUGCCAAAGCUCGUCGAAGCUCAAGAGCCUCUGCUGAAGCACACCUUCGACUUCAUCGAUGGGAAAAACUUUAAGGUCCAGCAGCCCUCGAACGCUGAUCUGCAGAACGCCAUGUACAAUGGCUGGUUGCACUCGGUGUUUGUUACCGGGACGAUCUGCUUCGCCGCGGACGGAUGCAUCGUGUGCUGCAAGCACAACUGUCCGGGGUCAUGGAAUGACUCGGACACGUCGCUGGGCUUCAGGAACAAGUUGCUGGACCCC